UGGUAGAGGAGAAGUUUAUUUUGUUCGAACGUCAAAAUUAUGUGAUUUUCUAAGUUAUUUUCUAUAAAUUGUUAAUAUAACUUAAAACUUUUAAGUUAUUAAAACAACAUGGCUUCUAGAAGUUUAACAGACGUGUUUUUAUUAAUGCGGAAUAAUGCAAUUCGAAGUAGACACAUUUACCCCGAACAUGAUUCGUCUGAAAGAAUGCAUUUGGUAUCUCUCAAUGAUUUGGAAGAGGGAAUAAACGAGGUAAAUGAAGUGAGAAUGCCGCCAAUAUGGAUAGACUACUUAGAAAAGGCACAAAUGAUCAUUCCAAAGCUGAAAUCCAAAAUAAACGAUCUCAAAUCUCUUCAUGCAAAACACCUACAUAAAUCAACGUUUGAUGAAUCUUCAGAAGAUGAGGUGGCUAUCGAAAAUUGCACUCAUGAGAUAACAAGAAUGUUUAAUGAAUGUCAUAGGUUAGUACAGAUUAUCAAGAGCCACGCUUCAGAAGGUGUUCCAAAAGAGAGAAGACUGACUGUGAAUGUAUACCACUCUCUGGCCACUGCUUUACAGGAACUAUCAACUUACUUUAGAUCAACACAAAACAGCUACUUGAGACAAAUACAGUCCAGGGAAGAUAGAUCCAAGAUUUACUUUGAUCAAAAUGAAUUUGACGAUGUUUACCAACAAGACACUGAGGAUAUUGACACCCAUUUCAUAAACUCUAAACAAGUAACACAACAGCAGCUGCUUAUGUUGGAAGAAGAAAAUACCAGAUUCGCCAAUGAACGGGAACAGGAAGUAAAUGCUAUAGUUAAGUCUAUAAUAGACCUCAACGAAAUAUUCAAAGAUCUAAGUCAGAUGGUGGUAGAUCAAGGAACAAUAUUAGAUAGGAUCGAUUACAAUAUUGAACAAACGACUAUACAAGUUCAUGAAGGGUUUAAGCAGCUCCAAAAAGCCGACGCUUACCAGAGAAAGAAUAGAAAAAUGUGCGCUAUAGUUGUUCUUGCCUCGACUAUUAUUUUAUUAGUUUUUUUAUUGGCCGUCAUAAAAUCCUAGUCAUUAUUUAUAAUAAUUUGUUAGAAUUAAGAUGUAUAAAAUAUAUAUUUAUGUUAUUAAAAGCUUUAUUCCAUUUCAA